GGCGUUCACCGCCAGGUCCUGUUCACCACCGUGGGAUGGUUUGUUGGCUAUUUCCUUGCUAAACGUACGGAGUACAUACAUGCCAAACGGGACCGAGAGUUGUUUGAGUACAUCAGGCAGCACCCGGAAGACUUUAAGGCAGCAGAAAAGAAAAGAAUAGGAGAGCUUUUGGAGGAUUUCUACCCGGUUCGCUGA